UGUAGUUCUAAAAAUAAACAUUUUCCAUCAAAACUGGGCAAGUAUUUUCUACCGCUUAAAAAGGUUAAAUUGCUCAUAGAGCGCUACACUGUUCACACCACCGUGUGAUAGGUUUCAAUGCACUACCCAUUGCUCAAAUAGUUUAAUUAGUCGGGAUCGUCGGCUAUACUGGAGUAGAAAACAAAUACUGAAAUGGGCAACCCGAGUUUAACCUAUGAGAUUCUCCUGUAUUUGAAUUCUUUCUAUUUUGGGAUGUUCGCAACGUGUGAGCUAGGAAUGAUGACUCUUAAGGCAGUGAACCUCAAAUAUCCGGAGCAAAUUCUGAUGCGGGAGACGUGCAUCCUGCUGUCACUUUGCUUGAUUGAAACGAUACGAAUAAUCCUAGGCCGGAAAGGCAGUCUCAGCGAUUAUGGCUGGCAAGUAAUUUUAUCGGUUUUCCUUACAAUUCCUUGCGCAUUGGGGGUAGGAUACCUUCUGUUUUAUCAACUACACCGAUUACGCCUCGAAUACAUCCUAUGUGCCUUAAUGUUAUCUCUUCAAGCAGCCGAGAUACUGUUUGCGAUAUUGUUCGUAUUCACACUCUGCCGUCCAGUCUCAUACGAUUAGACCAAUUGGAUUCAUCAUAGGCGAUCCAGAUUAUAAAUGAAAAUGUUGGUAAGAGUGAGUGAAUUCGUUGAUUCACUUCGUCUGCAUUAAAAUUCGAUUGUUUCAUCCAUGAUUGAGCAGAGUACAACAGUAUCGUGUUUAAGAAUUAAGUCUCAUUACAGCUGUAGCAUACAAGAUUUGAAGCUCUCUUCAUGCUAAACUUUUCUCGCGCUGUCCAAACAUUUUUUUUAAAGCCAAAACACAGCCAAAUCGCUGUUUCAGCAGACAAUACGAUUCCAAUGAAGAAUGGAAAUGAAAUCAAGAUUAUCGUUUGUCAUGAAACCGAUUAUUUAAAACUCGAAAUACUUCAAGCGAUAAUACACGCACUUAUUUAUAUGUUAAGAAAAUCUUUAUUUGAUUCUCCGUAUCAAUUGGUACUUUUAAGUGAAUUUGUAGUUUUAACGUAGCUUAUGAGUAAUCGAUCUGAACCAUUGUUUUUAUCUGUUUGAGCCAACCCUAGAAUCUAGUCACACGACCAAAGGAUAUCGAUACAAUUUCAUCUUCUAUGUCUCUAUUUAUCUGUUUUUACGUGUACUAAUGUGUAACUUGAAGAACUAAAAAUCCUAAACUUAAAUAUCAAUUGAUUUAAUAGAUGAGAAAUACUCAAAUAAAAACUAUAUACGGGUUGAGAAACCUUUCAUAUUAUAUCUUUAAAAUAAUAGCCGUCUAGUGAUGAACAUGAGAGGAAGACAGAUGUUUUUGCGUUUGAAACAACUUUGAUUCGUUAGUUCAAAACAUAGUACUGUAAGGUUUAAGGCUAGGAAUUAUGGAAAUAUUGAACAGACCAUUUUAGAACGUUUAUACCGAAAACAUACGAGACGCGAAUAGGAACUAAUUGUAUAGGAACUUUCAAAAUUCAUAAUAUGUAAAAGAAAGAGUUUCAGCGUAAUACAUGCAGAUUUAAAGCAUAACAUUUUAAAUCGAGAAUCCUAAUAUUUUUAUAAGGGAAACCAACUAACAUACGAACGUUUUACGACUAUUACACACUACGGCGUCGGUUUAAUCUUCGCUGCAGAGUAAAUGUUCUUUUUUAAUCCCAAAGCUGUGGCAAAUAUUUAUGAACAUUGCUCAUUAUACCUCAAGAACAACAAAUAAAAAAUAACGAUUCGUUACGUUCAAGACAUCUAGGUUUUGUAGAGGUAUGGCCCUAGAAAUAACUUACACCAAAAUCCAGCCUGUAUGGCAUGCGUAACUUGGUGUUUAGAUAUGAUGUUCUUUCUUCUAUAGUUUACCGUAGCAUGUAUGCGGAAGCAUAACGCAAUACAAGACAAAAAAUAUUCAGUACUGUAUCGUCUUUGUUAUUAUCACUCAAAAUAAAAGACUUUUCAAUAAAAAAUUA